GAUGCAGACUUUAGUCACAUGGAAAUAACUUUCUGUGCACUUGUUGCCCACUCCUCUCUCUUCUGUGGACUUUUAUUUAUUUAAAUUCCACUUCCUGCAGACACCGGACCAUGCUGCACAUCUCCCUCCUCUGAAGGCUGAGGGGAAACUUUCUUCUGCAGGAUUUAAUACAUAUUACAGGAUUAUUAUUUGUUGAAUGAACCUCCUCACCAUGACGGAGGAAAGCCCGGAGAAGCAGCUCCGGCUCCGGGUGUGCGUCCUCAGCGAGCUGCUGCACACGGAGCGGGACUAUGUGCAAACCCUGGAGUUCCUCUCGGUUUUUCUGCAUCGUCUGGAGCAAUACGCCGCCACCAGAAUCGACAAGAACAUCACGGAGGAGACGGUGAAGGUGUUGUUCUGUAACAUCGAGGAGAUCCUGGCGCUGCACAGAGACUUCCUGUCCAUGGUGGAGGGUUUGAUGCUGCCCGAACCCAACGCCAUGCACGAGGUCGGACGCUGCUUCCUGCACUUUAGGAGUGUUUUCCAGAUCUACGAUGAGUACUGUGGGAACCAUGAAAAGGCCCAGAGGCUUCUGCUGGAACUCAAUAAGAUCCGGAGCGUCCGCACAUGUUUGCUGAACUGCAUGCUGCUGGGGGGCCGGAAGAACACGGAGGUUCCUCUGGAGGGUUACCUGGUGGCGCCCAUCCAGAGGAUCUGCAAAUACCCCCUGCUGCUCAGAGAGCUUCUGAAACGGACCCCGAAGAAGCACAGCGACUUCCCUCAGGCGCAGGAGUCUCUGCAGGUGAUGAAGGCCGUGUGCUCCAACAUCAACGAGGCCAAGAGGCAGAUGGAGAAGAUGGAGAUCCUGGAGGAGUGGCAGUCGCACAUCGAGGGCUGGGAGGGCUCCAACAUCACAGACACGUGCACGGAGAUGCUCAUGCACGGCGUCCUGCUGAAGAUCUCUGCAGGAAACAUCCAGGAGAGAAUCUUCUUCCUGUUCGACAAGCUGCUCGUCUACUGCAAGAAGAAGAACAGACGUUUAAAAAACAGCAAGACGGCGUUGGAGGCUCCUCGCUUCCUGUUCAGAGGGAGGAUCAACACCGAGGUGAUGGAGGUGGAGAACGUGGACGACGGCACGGCGGAUUACCACAGCAGCGGGAACAUCGUGAACAACGGCUGGAAGAUCCACAACACGGCGAAGAACAAAUGGUUCGUGUGUAUGGCCAAGAGUCCGGAGGAGAAGCAGGAAUGGCUGGAGGCCGUCAUGAAGGAGAGGGAGCGCCGCAAGAGUCUUCGGCUGGGCAUGGAGCAGGACACCUGGGUGAUGGUGUCAGAGAAAGGAGAGAAGCUCUACCAGCUGAUGAGCAGAGGAAACCUCAUCAAGGACCGCAAGCGCAAACUCACCACCUUCCCCAAGUGCUUCCUGGGAAGUGAGUUUGUGUCCUGGCUGAUGGACAUGGGGGAGACAGGGAACCCAGAGGAGGGGGUUCACCUGGGUCAGGCUCUGCUGGAGAACGGCAUCAUCCACCAUGUCACAGACAAACACCAGUUCAAACCCGAACCUGUUCUUUAUCGUUUCCGUUACGACGACGGCACGUACCACCCGCGCAGCGACAUGCACGACGUCAUAUCCAAGGGCGUCCGUCUGUUCUGCCGUCUGCACAGCCUCUUCACUCCCGUCAUCAGGGAUAAAGACUACCAUCUGCGGACGUACAAAUCAGUGGUGAUGGCCAACAAGCUGAUAGACUGGCUCAUCGCUCAGGGCGACUGCAGGUCGAGAGAGGAGGCUCUGAUUCUGGGGGUGGAGCUGUGUGACAACGGCUUCAUGCAUCACGUUCUGGAGAAGAGUGAGUUCAAAGACGAGCCGCUGCUGUUUCGUUUCUUCGCCGACGAGGAGAUGGAAGGAUCGAACACCAAACACAAGCCUGUGAAACACGACCUGAAGAUCGUGGAGAACGUGAUCUCCAAGUCUCUGCUGAUCAGACCGACUGAUGGAGGCUACGGCUUCACGCUGGAGGAGAGGAACAGAGUCCCCAUCAUCAAAUGGGGGAGAAGGGGUUCUCCCCUAAAGAUGGCGGGUCUGGAGACGGGGAAGAAGCUGUUUGCUAUAAACGGAGACCUGGUGUUCCUCCGGCCGUUCUCCGAGGUGGAGAUCCUCCUGCAGCGGUGCUUUCACAGCAGGGGGCCCCUCAGGGUCUUAGUGAGCACCAAGCCUCGAGAGACGGUGAAGAUCCCGGACUCGGCCGAUGGUCUGGGUUUCCAGAUCCGAGGCUUCGGCCCGUCAGUGGUGCACGCCGUCGGCAGAGGUACAGUAGCAGCUGUUGCCGGCCUCCACCCCGGUCAGUGUAUCAUCAAAGUGAACGGCAUCAAUGUGAGUAAAGAAAGCCACGCCAGCGUCAUCGCUCACGUCACCGCCUGCAGGAAGUACCGCCGACCCACACAGCAAGAGGCCAUAAAGUGGGUUUACAACAACAGUGAGAGCGCUCAGGAGGAGAACCAGAAACCAGACCAGAGAGCUGAGGAGAGUGGAGAGGGAUUCCAGUGCAAAGUGGAAGAGGUGAUGGAUAAGUUCAACACGAUAGCGAUUAUUGACGGGAAGAAGGACCACGUGAGUCUGACGGUGGACAACGUGCAGCUGGAGUACGGAGUGAUGUACGAGUACGACAGCACGGCCGGGAUCAAGUGCCACGUUCUGGAGAAGAUGGUGGAGCCAAAAGGCUUCUUCAGCCUCACUGCCAAGAUUCUGGAGGCGUUGGCGCGUAAUGAUGACACGUUGGUGCAGAUGUGCGCCCGGCUGAGCUCCAGCUGUGAUAUUCUGCCCGAAGAUCUGCAGAUUCGCUUCAGCUCCAUGUGUUCAGAGAGGGUGGAGCACAUCGCCCGGAGGAGCACCAACUACAGGAAG